AACCGGGUUUCUUCUUUCAAGGAUAUGAUCUUCUGCUUCUCAGAAGAGGACUGGUCCCUUCUAGACCCUGCCCAGACUGGCUUCUACGGAGAGUUCAUCAUUGGGGAGGACUGCGGAGUCUCACUGCCUCCAAAUGACCCAGCUGCCCAGCUGGAUCUCUCCCAAGGAGAGGAGAAUGAGCCCCGUGUUCCAGAGUUGCAGGACCUCCAGGGGAAGGAUGUGUCCCAGGUCUCCUACUCAGACUUUCCAAGUCUCCAGCCAUUCCAGACAGAAGAAAGAAGAAAACGGGAUGAGCCGCAGGUGCCAGAGUUCCAAAUCUGCCAGCAGACAGUGCUCCCUCAAAGCAUCUGCCCAGCCGGAGGUGACGCACCAUUUCCCGACAACAGCCUGGAUGAGGAGGUGACCAUCGAGAUUGUUCUCUCCAGCUCUGGGGACGAGGACUCCCAGCUCGGCCCCUACUGCACAGACGAGCUGCAGAGCCCCACGGAGAAGCAGCACAGCCUCCCUACCUCCCACCGGAGCGGCCCUGAGUCAGGGGGUGAGGUGCAGACCUCCUCCAAAAAGUCCUAUGUGUGCCCGAACUGUGGCAAAAUCUUCCGCUGGAGGGUCAACUUCAUCCGGCACCUGCGGAGUCGCAGGGAGCAGGAGAAGCCCCACGAGUGCUCGGUGUGCGGGGAGCUGUUCAGUGACAGCGAGGACCUAGACGGGCACCUGGAGACCCACGAGGUCCAGAAACCUUUUAGGUGCGGUGCCUGUGGGAAGAGCUUCCGCCUCAACUCCCACCUGCUCUCCCACAGGCGGAUACACUUGCAGCCAGACAGACUCGAGCUACUGAAGAAGAGAGAGCAGGAGGCAUCGGGGACGAUGGGCGGGGAUUCCGACGCCCUACUGGCGAAGGGCAAGGCCAAGCUGCGCUUCCAGUGCUGUGACUGCGGGAAGGUGUUCCAGCGUCCCGACCACCUGGCCCGGCACCGCAGUAGCACUCACGUGGACAAGUCCCGGCCCUUUCAGUGCCGGUACUGCGUCAAAAGCUUUUCCCAGAACUCUGACCUUCUCCGCCACCAGCGCCUGCACAUGAAGCGCCGGUCCAAGCAGGCGCUGAACUCCUACUGAGUCAAGGGCGCACACGUUGUUGGGUGCAGCUCCAGCCUGGGUAGAGCACCUCCCGCUCAUGCUCGGUCCUGACUGGUUCCAGACUCCUCCCCAGGACAGAGACCACAUCCUCCUGACCUUUACUCUCAGGUAGAAAUGAGAUCGUGGCCAGUGGAGCAUGUGUUCUGUCUCUGCUGUGCCAGAAGCCGGGAGGGCGUGUCACCACCAGCUCUGACUUGCCCAGUGUUUUCGGGUCUAGGAGAACCCUGUCCAGUGCUUCCCAAGCGGUGGAGGGACUGGGGCGCCCCCUACCGCAGUGACCCCCUUGGUAGGGGGGCGUCUGUCCCUUACCAACCAACUUUCAGUAUACUCCCAUCCUGUGCUGUCUGAAUGCCCACCCCAUCCUGAGGUCUGGAGGUAACUGUACUUUCUACCUGACAGCAAGAAGCUGCAGAUGAGGUGAUGGGUUAGGAGGAAGGCAGGAAGGCGGGGUGGGACCCGUGGGCACAAGGGCAGUAGGGCCAAGCACAGCAAACCAUGUCAUGUCAUCAGAAGUCUGAGUCCUGGUCACCAUCUGGUCCACAAGAACGCCUCAAAAUUAUGAGAUGGCCCUUUCAGGCUCAGAAGCCUCGGUGGGGGGCUUUAUAGCUUCUUGCCAAAUGGAAACCUUUUAUUUGUGAUGGUGGCUGGUUAUUAGGGAUUGUGAGCUCACUUAAGGCAAAGCCCACAUUUUAAAUUGUAUGUUGGCACACACUCCCCGAAGUGUCCUUUCUUUGUACCCGGAAGGUCCUUGGUAUAUGCUUGUGGGUUAGAAGUGAAGUCAUCAUCAUUUGAAAGGCACUUAAGUUUCCUUUCCCAUUGGGUCGUGUCUAGGAAAGGGGAGCUCAGCUCCGGUGAAUGAGAGGUUCUUUGGCUGGGUGAGCUGAGCAGGGGAAACAACAGAACCUCUGGUGAAGUCAUUCUCUACGUGUAUAUUAACUUAGCGUGCCAGUUGUAUUAGUUCAUUAGGGCUGCUGUAACAAAGUACCAAAAACUGGAUGGCUUAGAACAACAGAAAUUCAUCGUCUCAGUUCUGGAGGCCAGAAGUCCAAGAUCAGGGUGUCAGCAGGGUUGGUUUCUUGUAAAGGAAGGAUCUGCUCCAUGCCUCUCCAUUAGCUUUGAUGGUUACUGACAAUUGUUGAUAUUCUUUGUCUUGUUGAAGCAUCACCCCGUCUCGACCUUCAUCUUUACAUGGUGUUCCUGUGUAUGUGUCUGUCUCCAAAUUUCCCCUUUUUAUAAAGACACUAGUCAUAUUGGAUUAGGGCCUACCCUAGUGUUUCCAGUAUGUUCCCAUCUUAAUUAAUUGUAUCUGCAAUGACUCUAUUUCCAAGCAAGGUCACAUUCUGAGGUACUGGGGUUAGGACUUCAACAUGAAUUUGGGGGGGAUGGGGAGACACAAUUUAACCCCUAAAACCAGAUAAUCCUGAGGUUCUGCUGUCAUUGCUGAUUCACAGGUGAGUCAAUACAAACUUGAGUUAGCUUGCUCUCAGCUCUAUUGGAAGCAGGAUUCAGAUCCAAGCUUCUGCUCCCAGGGUGGAUGUCCUCUGCAUAUAGCUUUAAAUUUCCUUGCCUGGGGUUCUGGACUGGGAGUGACCACUGGUAGUGAAACCGCAAGCAGUGAAAACCAUGGUCUUGUUCCUGGCAGACUGGCCAGGUUGGCUCAGCUCAAUAUGAGAAAGCACAGAGGCUAUAGAGUACCAGUGACUAAAUCAGAAAGCCAGCCACCAGGCAUGCGUUUUGUAUUUGUAUGUCAGGUCCCAUUAGCAGGCAGGAAGGCUGGGCAAAUGAAUGCAAGGCCCUUUGUUCCUUGUCAGCCACUUCAUUGUCACGUUGAGAGACCGUGCUGCCACAAACUCAGUGAAAGAGUUACAAGGUUUUAUAGUUAUGAUUACUGUGCCUGUGUAGAUUCAUCUACAUACCCAGGAACAGUAAAUGCAAUAAAAUAAUUUGGUCGUACUCUGAACAAGAAAUAAACUAUUGAGGCUCUUUGUUUUCUACAUAGUUUGCCUCUUGGAUUGAUCUGCCAGGAAAAGGGAAAAAUAUGAAUCUUGAAGGCCAAGGGAGGGGAAAAUUCCAAAUAGAACCCAGAUUCCGUGUACAUUUACCCCGCCCACCUGUGCACUCUUGCCCAAGGAUUCCAUUAAGAGGGGAGUUUAUGAACCCAAGAGGAACACUCCUCUACUUAGUGUAUUUUAUCUGAAAAUCAUAAGAAAGUAAGGGAAUGUGACAGAAUUGAAACCUAUGAGGACGCUGUGCAUCUGUUCAGUACCCACCAAAUAUUGUGAGGGAGUCCCCCAUUCACUUACGCAGACCUGACCAAGGUACUUAGCUAAUCAGAAGGUUAGCUUCCCCCUGGAUUCAGAAACCCUACUGGGUGAUGCAACUCAAAUCCCAGGUUCUUUCCAUGCAGAAGAACCAAUGCGGUUACCUGCUGUGGAGAAAGCUCCUCCAGAAGAUAGGAGAACUGACCGACUUAGUCCCUCCCCACCCUGGGUAGCUGGGCAGACAGGUGAGCUAUGUUUCUACCUUGCCAAGGAUGUUCAGAGGCCGCACAUCUGAAGAACAUCUGUCCUCCCUGAUCAUCUGACCCCUUGGCACUGUUCCCAUAAAUUCACAGGUGCAUAAUAAAAAUUCGACUCACUGAA